GACAGGACAUGAGAGUUGUCCAGAGGACCCGCAACGAGGAGAGAGACCGCUGGACCGGGAGAUAGCCGGGAGAGGACACGCAGCCAGCUGUGGACCCCUUUUUGUGUUUAUCAAGUGUGGAGGAGUGGCAGCUUGAGGGGAACACCAGUUGGAGCAGCUGCACAUGUGAGCAUCUUCUCACGCAGGCACAGCACUGCCACUAAGGAGAAGCACUCAGCAGAGCUCGCCAGAGGAGAAUCGCAGCAGACGGAGACGUGCAAGGACUUCAGGAACAGGAGAGGAGAAGAGUCGGUCAUGAGACGAGGGGUGACGUGGUGGCUCUGUGCCACGCUCUGUCUGUCCGCUUGGGGCUUUGCCCGCGCUAGCCGGGCGAGUCAACACCCGUUGCAGACGAUGCGGCGGCAGCGGAGAGCGGCCAACGACGACGCCAACAAGAAGUGCAGCUACACCUUCCUGGUGCCGCAGCAGCGGAUCACAGGGCCCAUCUGUGCCAGUGCCACGGGGCCCGAGCCGGACAAGGAGCGCGUGACGCGCAUGGACAUCUCGGACCUGCGCGAGGUGCUCAACAAGCAGCGUCGCGAGAUCGAGACGAUGCAGCUGGUGGUGGACGUGGACGGCAACCUGGUGAACGAGAUGAAGCUGCUGCGCAAGGAGAGCCGCAACAUGAACUCGCGCGUCACGCAGCUCUACAUGCAGCUGCUGCACGAGAUCAUCCGCAAGCGCGACAACUCGCUCGAGCUGGCGCUGCUCGAGAACCGCGUGCUCAACGCCACGUCCGAGAUGCUGCGGCUGGCCUCGCGCUACCGCGAGCUGGAGGUGCGCUUCGGCCUGCUGGCCGGCGUCGUCAACAACCAGUCGGCGCUCAUCGCGGUGCUGGAGGACCGGUGCCUGCAGGCGUACGGCGGCGGACGCCACGAGCUGCCUGCCGUGCCCCCGCUGGUGCAGGUGGUGCCAGAGAGCCUUCCGGUCAACAGCGGGCGCUUCACUAACGAGAUUCAGCGCGUCCACAACCGCGCGCUACCCCGCGGAUCGCGCAUGGACCCACCGCCCACACUCAGUCCUGUCGGAGUGCCACCACCAACACUCAGCACUGAAGGGCCAUUCAAGGACUGCUACCAGGUGCGUCAGGCGGGCCACAAGGCGAGCGGGAUGUACUUGCUGAAGACCGAGGGCAGCGACCGGCUAAUCCAAGUGUGGUGCGAGCACGGUUUGGACAACGGAGGCUGGACCGUCUUCCAGAGGAGAAAAGACGGCUCUGUGAAUUUCUUCAGGAACUGGGAUAACUAUAAGAAGGGCUUUGGGAACAUAGAUAGCGAGUACUGGCUGGGCCUGGACAACAUCUACAACCUGACAAAGCAGGGUGACUACCGGCUCCUGAUAGAGCUGGAGGACUGGGUGGGCAAGAAGGUGUACGCCGAGUACAGCAGCUUCCGCCUGGAGUCUGAGAGCGAGGGCUUCCGUGUUCGCCUGGGCACCUAUCAGGGCAACGCCGGAGACUCGCUCGGCAGCAACAACGGGAAGCCCUUCACCACACUCGACCGCGACAGGGAUGCCUUCUCAGGUAACUGCGCCCAUUUCCAUAAGGGGGGUUGGUGGUACAACGCCUGUGGCCAGACCAACUUGAACGGCGUGUGGUACAGUGGCGGUGUCUACCGCAGCAAGUUCCAGGACGGAGUCUUCUGGGCCGACUACGGGGGAGGCUUCUACUCCAUGAAGGCCGUCCGCAUGAUGAUCAGGCCGAUUGAUUAAUAGACUUUUCAUAAACACUCUUCCACCAGACAGACACACAUUCACACAAACACAGACACUCCUCCCUAAAGGCCUCUAAAAUCCCUCCUAACACUUACAAUCCCUAGUCACAUAACUCAUGGUUGAUGUUAAAUUAUACAAUGCCUUUAAAAAACAAAAAAAUAAUAGCGCUCCACGUCCUGGGCCUCUCCCACAUGGGUCUAUGAGGAGGGACGUUUACUCUGGGGGUAGGCCGCGCACACACACACACACACACACACACACACACACACACACACACACACACACACACACACACACACUUGCACAGCGACAGUCCACCUUUGUCUGGUGCUACACACACACUGCAUUUUGACACAUAGGGGACAUGGAGCUGUGGAAAAAGAGAAAGAGAGGGAGAAAACCAACCUUAUUCUGUACCAUUUGCUUCCAGUCGUUCUCUCCUACGUCUGUUAAAAUGUAAUCAAUACAUUCAAUCUCCUUUUCUACUCUCUCUUCCUAACUGUUGGAUGUCUGCUCACAUUCCUUGGUUCAUCCAUCCAGUUUUCUCCAGUUUUGCCCACUGUCAGUAACUUCUUUCACUCUUAAAGUGGAAGCCCCCGAAUGAAAUAUUUAGUUACAAUAUGUGCCAGAAGGAAGACACUCUGUAGUGUGUAUACAGUAUGUUUUUGUUACCCCACAAGCACAAAGAGGACUUGAGAAAUCUGUGCCUCUCUGAUGUGGAGAUGGCUUAGCUAGCGUUUAGUAUGUAAAUAUAUGGUACUGUAUAUUGCUUGUGAUUUGUGCAAGUUAAUUUAAGGUCUGUGGCUUGUUCAGGUCCAUGAUGUAAACUGCACCUCAUUCAACACUCCCAGUCAGCUAUUUAUCUUAUUUAUAAGGAUUAAGCAAUAGCUCUCUUCUACUUUACUUAUUCUGGUUACCAUGGAAAGUGUUUUCAUGUGUAUAUGUCACACGAACAACAACAUUCCAAAUAUACAUGCAUUUCCAUGAAUAAUCCAAAUUCUAUAGUACAAUCACACCAGUAAUAACAAGAAAGGACCCACGAUAGCAUGGAGAGCUAAACAAUGCCGAGCUCUCGCUUCUCCGGCCUCACGCGGACGGCCACCUUCUGCUACGCAACACGUGAAGACUAUGACUGACCGGAGGUGGAACCUAUUAACCGGUGCGGCACCGUCCCCUGCCUUGACGCCAACACCCCGUACUAAAGAUGGAAAGAGUACAAAAAAAAAAUCUAAUAAAACACUCUGCCGUC